AUGUGUAAGGCUCAUGUCCUGCGCUUCUGCUGCGGUCAUGGCAUUCUCAUGCGCAUGGAACUGUGCAAGGUCGGCCCUUGCCCAAUGCUGAAAACCACCGGCGUCAAAUUACCUCAACAGCCUUACAAAUGCUACAACUGCCAGAAUCGGCUCUCAAGCAGCUCGCUGCGACCAGUCUCCUCACGAGGAGGAUCCUGCUCAUCCACAGGAAGUUUAGAUUCCAAUGGAUCAGCUGGUUCCGCCACCACACCACCUUCGCCGAUAUCUCCCAUUUCUCGAGUCGAUUCAAAGGCUAUGGCACCACUGCCCGGGGUGGUGCGCCAACCAGCAGAGUGUGGAGAAUUGGCUCGAACAUUCAGUCGCACACAAUCUGCCUCGCAGAAAGCCUUCACCUUCGCGUGCUCCUCAUCCUCACAUUUUCUUACACCUCAUUAUAUGAACCUCCCGAGUUACUUGCCGCAUCAAGACCAUUCUUGCCCACCAUGUCAAAUGGAAGAAUAUCGGGAGAAAUCCGACCGAGACGCCAUCGCCUCCGCCAAGGCGCAGUUUCCUCAUCUCACAACCGAGAUGUUGGUCAGGAACGGACGAGUCUGGGAAGAUUGGCAAACUAAGCCCACACUAGAAAAGUUUAUAGAGGAAAAGAGAAUCGAGGAGAAACAAAUGUGGCUUCACGUUACCCGGAAGUGGACGCAAGACUUAAAGAAAGGACGGGUUUUGGUAUCAGAAGAGGACGGUCUGGGCCUCAUGGGAUGA